AUGAGAGAAAAAGCGAUUCUCUGUGCGACACAACUCUUCUCUUCUUCUUCGCAUCUGUUCGCAGCGGAGGGCAACUGUCGCCGGUUACCGGCGAUUUUUUCAGGGGAAGAUAACUGCUUUUCGGUUAUUGAAUUAACCGUCCGACCAGAAUAUCUAUUUAAACCCUGUGUUUGUCUCUGGAAAACUUGGGUUGAUCAGAGUGAAAUUACGAAAGCAUUUCCUUUGUUCAUAUUGAUAAUAGCGGACAAGAUCCGACGACAAAUGCAAGAGAUUGCACUGGGAAUCGAAGAUGAGACGAUCAAUCUACCUGUUGAAUUGUGUGAAGAAGCAAUCAAUGAAACAAGGUUUAGUUUGGUGACAAAACCGGUUAACCCUCGCAAACAAAACCUGCGAGCAAUGCUGUCAACUCUCCCGCGUCUAUGGGGAGUCAGUGACGAAGUCACCGGUCGAAUCCUUGAGAAUAAGAAGAUCCAAUUCUUAUUUCAAUCCGAAGAAUCAUUGGCUUCAAUUUUACGUCGAGGACCGUGGUCUUUCAAUGAUUGGAUGUGUGUUACCGAAAGGUGGAAUCCAAAUCAAACCGAUGAAGACCUGAAGCAUAUCCCUUUCUGGGUUCAAGUCAGGGGCAUUCCCCUGCACUUCCUUACCACACGAAUGGUCACACAUAUCGGAGAAAAUCUUGGCCACUUUAUGGAAACAGAUUAUGGAGGCGAUGGUUCAGUGAUGGUAGAGUAUGUACGGGUGCGCCUCCUCUGUAACAUUGAUACACCGCUCCGAUUCCAGAGGAAAUUCCAAUUUGGGAAUCAACAAUGUGUGUUGAGACUCAGAUAUGAGAAACUCAGGAACUUUUGCUCAAUUUGUGGAAUGAUGACUCACGAUGCUGCUAACUGUCCUCUGGGAAACAACCCGCCUCUACCACCGGAUCCAGAAGAUGAUGAUGAAGGUCCAGACUACAACCCAGAAGCGCCGGUUGACGACCCGCAGACACCGGAGACCAAGAAGAUAGAGGAGCCGGGACAGCAAGAAGCAAAUCCGUCUGCAUCAAAGAAGAGGAAAACAGAGGAUUCAUCAUCAACUAACUUCACUGCUGCUUUUCCUUUGAUUUGCUGUGAGAUGAGACAGGCCUAUGCUGUAGAAGACACACAACAAUGCUUCUCCAAACGCAACCGAAAGGAAUCAGAGAUAAUAGAAGUUCGCAACUGGUUUACAAUGCACACAACUCCACCGGAGCAAUCGUCAAGACUUACGGAGCAAGAGAUUCCGACUAACCCCAACCCCAAAGGUGAUGGUACGGUGGGCCAUAAGCCACCGGAGCCGCAAUGA